GUGCAGACGGCAAGCCACUUCCUAUCCAUGCUGGCGCGCAGACGCUGGAGGAGAAGAAGAAGAGCUAUCACGUCUCGGCCGAGUCGCUGGGCCUUCGGGUGCACUGCGAAAGCUGGCCCGGGCUCAAGAAGACCCUCCAGGACCGAUACGUCAUGGACGAACCGCUCGAGGAGCUCGGCGUCUACUUCGCCGUCCUCGACGGUCACGGUGGAACACAGGUGGCGGACAUGGUGAAGGAGAAGCUUCACAAGAAUGUCCUCCAGCAAAUGAGGCAAAAACAGGUUCAACCUGCGUCUCGGGACGAGAAAAUCAAACUGGCCAUUAAGGAGGCGUUCCUCCAAACCGACAAGGAGAUUUUGGCUCUAGCAGAGCGCAAGAAGUUUGAGCUUGUUGGCUCCACUUGCGUUUCAGUGAUACUGCAUGGCAACCCGAAGCUGGGGACCGCCCUGCGUUUGGUAGUGUCAAAUCUUGGAGAUUCGCGGGCCGUGCUCUGCCGUGCAGGGCAGGCCGUGCCAGCCUCCGAGGAUCACCGACCAACUCGAAUCGAUGAGAAAAAACGCAUUGAACGAGUUGGCGGUCUCGUGUUGCAGGUUCGUGGAGCUUGGCGCGUUGCCACCUCGACGAAUCCCAAUUCCAUGAACAAGGCUGCCAGAAGAGAAUACCAGGGCCUCGCCAUGACCCGAUCUUUCGGCGACCUGCAUUUCAAGCGGCCCAUCGGGCUGGCCAUUGCGGAACCGGAAGUUCGGAUCGUUCCUCUUUCGGACAAGGACCUGUUUAUAGUUCUUGCAACGGACGGCGUCUACGACGUCCUCAGCAACCAGGAAGUUAUCGACCUGGCCAUGAGGCACUGGCGAGAGCCCGAAGAAGCCGCAAAGAACAUUGUCCGAUCAGCCUACAAACGCGGGAGCGAGGACAACCUGACCGUCUUGGUGGUGCAAUUUGGUUGGGCUGACAAGAGUGUUCCGAAGUACGUGGGCAAGACAGGAGGCCAAGGCCCGGUGGCCGCCGCUGCGACCAUCGAAGCAGGAGUGGUCAAAGGCUCCUCGGGCCCGGCCUCGGCGAAGGCGGCCGAUGACAUGGACAUGUUCGGCUGA